AUGAAGCUAAAUGAAAACGUAUGUAAAAAACUUAGUGUACCAGCAUACUGGAAUUCUAUUUCAAAACCAACCCUAUUCACAUACUUAGAGCAUUUGGCACAAACAAUAAAAGAUUCGCUUCAGAAGGACAAAAUUCAAUCUCAAUACGUCUCGGAACUUACUAUAAUUAAACGGAGUUAUAAAGAAAUGGAUGAACAAUACAAAACAGUCGUAGAAGCUUUGGGAAAUUUUGCGCUACGGCCUGCGGGAUCUCAGCAUGCGAAAGUUAAUGAGAAGGUAUCGGAGGAAGUUAAAGAUUUUUGGGAAGACAAAAAGUUGGAUCAAAAACUCAAUACAUUAGAUAAAAAACGAAAAAUAGUCGAGGCUGAAGGUAUUGUGAAUUUUUUGCAAACGGGGAACGAACGUUUAAAUGAUACUUCGAAGAUGGUUCAUAAGUCCCAGUUAAAUUUUUUGGAAAGGAACGAAGCAAAAAGAUCCAGAAUUGAUGAAGAAAAAGAAGCGGAGGAUGCUAAUAAGAGAAAGAGAGAAAGAGGAAAUAUUAAUUACAACGAAGAAGGUUUGUCAAAGAAGCAAUGUGUAUACACUACACCUUCCCCAGGCAGUCCAACAUUACAUCCAUUGCCAAUGGAUAACUCGUUUAGUGAGAAAGAGAAUGAAGACGAAAGUGAGGACGAGGAUGGUGUCAUAAUAAUUAAUGAUGUAGAUGAACUUUGCUUUAAGGAUGGGGAUCCAGAAAAUGAUCUUAAGAUAGGUGAUACUAAUGUUUCUCAGUUAUUCCGGAAAUACCAAAAUGAAUCAGUAAAGAUUGCAAAGACUGAAGGUCUAUUUGUUGAAUCAAAUGUACACGAAAUAUUGUCACUGUCUUCGAUUUUUCUGCUCGCCCCAGGUUCUCAUUCAAAUACAAUGAUCAAUAUAUUUGGUUCUCCUUUACUCAAUGAAAUUCACCAACAAAUCGCUCCAGCACAACAAAUAGAACUAAGUUCAGAGUGUGAGACAAAAUUUAGAAAAGCGAUUAAGCAAGCGACUAAGGAGUCACGUCAGAAAGCCAUAAAAUUGUUAUUAACGGAACUUUCAAAUGAUGAAACUUUUGAUGAAAACUUGGGUUCUGUGAUAUUGAAAGGUCUGGAAAUGUUGCCUAGUGAUAGGCUUAGAAAUGAACCUAGCGAGAUCACACUUAUCACAAAUUAUUUGGAUUAUAUAAUGAAAGGUGCAUUUCAUGAUGCUGACAAACAUAUUGUCCAGUGGCCAAACACAGCUUUGAACGAAAGUAAGGCAAGAAAGUUCAGGGGACGAACCAAGCAACCUGAUUUUGUGGUCUCAAUUGUUCACCAAUUUCAAACAGUCGCUAAUAUUUUCAUAGGGGAGGUUAGUCCUCCAUCACAAAAGACAAAUGUAUAUAAAAAUUGUUGUGACUUAAUCCGACUUGGUGUCUUUAUGAAGGACUGCACGGACUUCGCAAUAGAGAAAGGUGCCGAUAUUAAUGUAAUCGGCUUUCAAUGUGUUGGUCAUACAAUCGAUUUUUAUAUGAUCGAUCUUAUUGAAGGGAUUUAUGUCAUGGUCCAUGUUGGCCAAGUUUCAGUUCCGGCAUCGUUAAAAGAAAUGUUAUCCUUCGUUGAUCAAAUUGAAAUACUUUUGGACAUACGAGAAAUUUUCAAAAAAUCCUUUAAUAUUUUGUACAAUAAGCUCUGCAAUCCAAAUUUACC